UUUUGACCCCUUCUGGUCCAUUACAGCAUUUGUUCCAAAAAAAAAGAAGAGAAUUGGAUGUCCAAUUACGAAGAGCAGCCCCGUGCGAAGAAGACCAAGAGAGAAGCGUUUCGGUUAUCGUGUUUGCCAGAUGAUUUGGUUCUGAACUGCCUUGCUAGAGUCUCGAGACCAGACCUCGCGGCCUUAUCUAUGGUCUCCAAACGCUAUCACUCUCUAGUGGCGUCGCCCGAUCUCUACAAGAUCCGAUCGCUGAUUGGUCGCACCGAAACAUACGUCUAUGUAUGCUUACGAAUCCCUACUCCUGUUCCAAGCGUGCGAUGGUAUAUCCUCCGCCGUAGAAAAACCCUAGACGCCUCUGAUCUGAUUCAGAUCCCUUCGCUCCCCUCCCAGCCUCUGGAAGCAUCCUCCGUGGUGGUGCUGGAUUGUAGCAUAUAUGUAAUCGGUGGGUUGAUAAAGGGAGAGCAGCGCAGCUCGGAUGUCUGGAGCUUGGAUUGUCGGACUCACGUGUGGCACCCUGUCCCUUCCAUGGGAGCGGCUCGAGCUUACGGGGCUGCUGGUGUUGUAGACGGGAAGAUUUACGUGUUUGGAGGCUGUGAUGUAGAUGAUAACUAUGGAGAGGUAUUCGACCCGGAGAUUCAGACUUGGAAUCCUUUGCCGCCUAUGCCGAAAAGGAAGAAGCAUAUCCACAGCAGUAUGGUGAGGGAUCAAAAGGUUUAUGCGUUGGACGAAAAGGAGAGAACGUUUUACUACUCGCCCAGGGAAGGUAAAUGGGGAACAGGAAAUCGCGGACAACUGGUAGGAUACCGAAGGGAUUGGUGUAUGGUUGAUAACUUGCUCUUUUGUCUGAGCAAAAACGGAGUUAUAUUGUGGUGCGAGCCGGGUGAGUUGGAUUUGCAUGAAACAGAGAGGGUGAUGAAUGUAGAGGUGGUCAGGGGUUUUACUUGGAGGGAUAUCUUCAUCAUAUUUGGUGGGCGGAGAUUUCAUUGGAGAGACUCCAAGGAGGCCAGAUUUGGGGCUACAUUGAACGGUCUAAUAUUGUCAUGCCUGUUGAACCUGUUAAAGCCCACAAGAAGGUGUAGAGAAGAAGGUACUGCUGCUCUUGUUUUCUUCUUUUUCUUGGCACUUGAUUCUGCUUCGUUUAUGUAUCUUUCUAUCAACUCAAAUCUCUUAAGCUGUGCCGAUUAGAGGAAAAGUCUUUGUGUUCAAGAUUAACAAAGAAGGUGAGACAGUUCUUGAGGAGAAUAACACACGGAGAAACAGUGAGGACGAAACCAAAUUCGGAUGGUUCUAAUAGAUUAUUGUUAGUACCGUUUGCUUUACUUCUCUCUGCAUUGUCUUGGUCUCCACCCCAUCAGCAUGUUUUAAAAGUCCCUCCUGGCAAUGGUGUAGGAAUUUAGACACCUGGCUAAAGCCAAUGAGUGGAUCCAUUCGAUCAUAUUUGAACAUUUUCGUCGAUUUAUAAGUGUUAGUUAGAGGCAAAUGAUUUGGAGCCUUUGCUUGCAACAGCUGCAUAUUAUCGCACCAACUUGAUUCCCUGUAAGGCUCUAAUCACUUGUAAAAGACUUUUUCUUUAAAGUGUUUUUCUAUGUCAACAACCAAUACUUUAAUCUUAGGUUA